UGGACAAUGCAACAUCCCAGCUUUGGAGGAUGGAAUGGCAUACACCCAGAUAUCUGCAGGUUUUGGUUAUACAGUGCUUCUCCGGAGUGAUGGCAGUGCCGUUGCCAUCGGGCAGAAUGAAUAUGGACAAUGCAGCAUCCCAGCGUUGGAUGAGGGAAUGGCAUACAUUCAGGUCGCUGCAGGAGUUUUGCAUACAGUGCUUCUCCGGAGUGAUGGCAGUGCUGUUGCCAUCGGGCAGAAUAAUUAUGGACAAUUCAACAUCCCAGCUUUGGAGGAUGAAAUGGCAUACGCCCAGAUUUCUGCAGGUUUCGAUUAUACAAUGCUUCUCCGGAGUGAUGGCAGUGCUGUUGCCAUCGGGAGGAAUGAAUAUGGACAAUGCAGCAUCCCAGCGUUGGAUGAGGGAAUGUGGUAUACCCAGAUCGCUGCAGGAUUGCAUCAUACUGUGCUUCUCCGGAGUGAUGGCAGUGCUGUUGCCAUCGGGCAGAAUGGAGAUGGACAAUGCAACAUCCCAGCUUUGGAGGAUGGAAUGGCAUACACCCAGAUAUCUGCAGGUUUUGGUUAUACAGUGCUUCUCCGGAGUGAUGGCAGUGCUGUUGCCAUCGGGCAGAAUGAAUAUGGACAAUGCAGCAUCCCAGCGUUGGAUGAGGGAAUGUGGUAUACCCAGAUCGCUGCAGGAUUGCAUCAUACUGUGCUUCUCCGGAGUGAUGGCAGUGCUGUUGCCAUCGGGCAGAAUGGAGAUGGACAAUGCAACAUUCCAUCGCCAGAGCCGGGAAUGUGCUACAUUAGCGAUAUGAGAGUUGGAAGAGACCUGACUGCACAACUAGAGCUUGCAGGCGAGGAUGAUGCUGUCACGCUGAUAGGCUCUAGUUUGGCUGGGGAAGAACGCUUUCGCUUGACUGCACAUGGCGAUGAUUCUGCCUGGGAGACAUACAAAAGAAUCGCCCGCGAAUUGAAGAUGAACCUUUGGAAUCUCCAUCUGGUUUUGCCAGAUGGUCAGUUGUUGGCCAAAGUCUGCCGCACAAAUCCAGCGUCCUCAGUUGCGGAUGUGGCAACUCAGUUUCCGAGCCACAACUAGUGCCCGGUGAGGCUGCGUCCGUGACGCCAAGAGAACCAAAUGCAAUUUGGGGAGACGGAUCAAGCUACCUAUGAAAUGCGAGGUUAGUGGGACUUAACCAUCCAGUAUCACGGUUUUACGGGGUUU